AUGGAACCAAAUCGCCCCAAGUAUCAGUGCAGACAUGAGGGAUGCAAUAAAUCCUAUCUGCGGAGCGAGCACCUCAAUCGACACACUCUGAUCCACAAAAAGGCGGCCUUUCUCUGUUAUCUCUGCCAGAAACGAUUUACGCGCAAUGAUCUCCUCAACGCCCAUCUUCGUCGACACGAAAAACGCGGCCAGGUUGCGGAACUUGCGACAAAAACCCAGUCAAAUUCCACCUCGAGCCCUCCCCCAAUUCUGUCCCCAGGCGCUCAGAAUAGCACGCAAGAGCAGUCGCCGGGCGAGCUCAAAUCUCCACCCGCUAGAGACUGGCAGUUUGCCCCGACCCAGCUGCAUGAACACCAGGGCCCAACGGCGCCGCCCCUUGCUGGAACCGCUCCCGUACCUAUGAAUCCUUUCCCCAACCCCAUUACGCUGCCUCCGCUGCCUCCUCAGAACCCCGAUAGCUCUCUGGUAUACCAGCCAACGCAGCCUGGCGAUGUGCUACCGCAGCACCCUGUUUCGUCCGGGGGCAUACUUCCGCACCACCUGCCUCCGCAACAGUUCGCGACAGCGCAGGGCCUAGAAGAUGAUUAUACCUGGCUAUUUCACGGCUCGAGUCUUUUCGAUCUCCCGCCCGACGACUACCUUAAUCUACAUUUUGGAGGUGGCCUCGGCCCGGGCUCCCCCACGGUACGGUGA